AAACCGGUCAUCGAAAGACGAUGCAGAAACACGUAUGACCUUGAACUGGGUGAUACCAUUGCAGAGGCUGUGUGCGUUUAGGCGCAUAGUUCUUUUAGAAUGUUGAAAUUAAGGGAUUGCCAUGCUCUCUCCAUCCGCUAAUAAAAAAAUUGUUUUUGCAGCUUUUGCAAUUAGUUGUCUCUGAUUAAGCGUUACUGAUAGUUCUUUUUUUUCAGGCUUUUAGCUAUGUUGAAUGGGUUAAGAGCUGUCCGUAAAAAGAGUUCACAUUUAUUAGAAAGGCUCCGAGAACGGCCGUAUGGCUCAUUUUCUCGAGUGUCUUUUUCGCCUCGCUCGAAUGUGACCCUUUCACCUCUGUUGGGAUUCGGGUCGCGCAGAGAGAGUGUGUCUAUUUUUUCGAGGAAUGGGCAUUCCUAUGCGACCAAGACCUCUUCGAGACCUGCAAGCGAAACCUUUUUAAGUGGGGCUAAUACUUCAUACAUCGAAGAAAUGUACGUGGCUUGGCAUACAAAACCUAGUAGCGUUGAUCCUUCAUGGGUGAGGUUCUUUGAAAGUCUGGAAAAGGGCGUGGCGUUUGAUGAGGCGAUUAGUGGAGUGAGUUUUACACAAGCUACCUCUACCUCUGAUCAGCGGCAGCCGGUUGGACAAUUUCUGGCGACGACCGAUCGUCAGUCAUUUGAAAAACAGAUGAAAGUGCAGCUUUUGAUCAGAGCGUAUCAGAUGCGUGGGCACGAGAUCGCAAAUAUUGAUCCUCUGCAACUAGAAGAACGCAGACGGCCCUCAGAACUGGACCUCGCAACCUAUGGAUUUACCGAGGCGGAUCUGGACGAGAUGUUUAUAGCGAGCACAUUCAACAUCCAGUCAGGCUAUAAGGCACAAACAAGAGAGAGAAAGUUAAGGGACAUUGUGAAAACGCUCGAGGAGAGCUACUGCAGGACUAUCGGGAUAGAAUAUAUGCAUAUGAACGAUCGCAAUCAGGUGGAUUGGAUAAGGGAGCGAGUAGAAUUGGAGAGGCCGCAGGAAUUUACGAAGGCGGAGAGAUUGAUCAUUUUGGACAGACUAAUUUGGGCCACGAAUUUCGAGCAGUUUUUGGCAAAAAAGUUCAGUACAGCUAAAAGAUUCGGACUGGAAGGAGGGGAGUCGCUCAUUCCGGGGCUCAAGGCGCUUAUUGAUGCCAGCAGUGAGUAUGGCGUGAACAACGUUGUGAUCGGAAUGGCGCACCGAGGGCGACUGAACGUGCUGGGGAAUGUCGUGUUGAAGCCUUUUGCUCAUAUCUUCCAUGAGUUCGAGCACGGCGUGAAUGUUCCGGAUGAGGAUACCGAGCAAUGGGGUGCAUCUGGUGACGUCAAGUAUCACCUGGGAACGAACUUGGAUCGCAAGUUGCGGUCCGGGAAGAUGGUGCACAUUUCGGUUUUGUCGAACCCGUCCCAUUUGGAGGCGGUGAAUCCGGUAGUGGAAGGGAAGACGCGCGCGAAGCAGUACUACAAUGGAGACAGCAGUGGGUCGACGGUGAUGCCCAUUCAGAUUCACGGAGAUGCGUCAUUUGUGGGUCAGGGUGUCGUGUAUGAGACGAUUAAUGCGUCUCGAUUGAAGGAUUAUACGACUGGUGGGACGGUUCAUGUGGUGAUAAACAACCAGAUUGGGUUUACGACGGUGCCGCAGAAGUCGCGGGGUGGGAUGUAUUGUACGAUGCCGGUGAUGAUGACGGGGACGCCGGUGUUUCACGUGAAUGCGAAUGAUCCAGAGGCGGUGGUGAGAGUGAUGAAUCUGGCGGCGCAGUUCCGAGCCGAGUUCCACAUGGACGUGUGCGUGGACUUGGUGUGUUAUCGUCGUUUUGGGCACAACGAAAUGGACGAUCCGGCGUUCACGCAGCCGGCGAUGUACAAGAAGAUAAGAUCGACUAAGACGGCGUUGGAGAUUUACAAGAACGAGCUGAUAUCAAAGGGGAUUAUUGAGCAGAGUGAAUACGACAGCAUGAACCAAGCUUGCAUAGAAAUGCUGAACAAGGGGUUUGAACAGAGCAAAAAUUAUGUGGUACGAGCAUCUGAUUGGUUGGAAUCGCGUUGGCAUGGAUUCAAAGGACCGGUACAAAGAGCUCGAAUCAAGCCGACGUCGUUAAAUAUGGACACGCUGCAAACGAUUGGUGCUGCGUUGACCCGCGUACCAGACGGGUUCACGCUUCACCGAAAUCUAGGGCGUAUGAUGGAAGCGCGGAAGACGAUGUUUAAGACUGGAAAGGGAAUCGAUUGGGCGACUGCUGAGGCAUUGGCAUUUGGCUCCUUGUUAUUGGAGGGUAACCAUGUUCGUUUGGCUGGCCAAGACAUCGAGCGAGGCACUUUUUCUCAAAGACAUGCCGUUUUGGUCGAUCAAGAAACUAGCAAGGUUUACAUUCCGCUGAACAAUAUCCCGAACGCCAAUCAGCAGAUUCACCUCGUGAAUUCGUUCCUUUCCGAAUUUGCCUGCCUUGGGUUCGAGCUUGGGUAUUCAUUGGAAUCGCCCAAUGCCUUGGUUUGCUGGGAAGGUCAAUUCGGCGAUUUUGCGAACGGCGCGCAGGUGAUUAUUGACCAGUUUAUAUCCUGUGGUGAGCACAAAUGGUACCGCCAGACGGGGCUUACUCUCUUGCUACCUCAUGGCUACGAAGGACAGGGUCCCGAACACAGCAGUGCUCGUGUAGAGCGGUUCCUGCAGCUUGCCGACACCAAUUCCGAGGUGAUCGUUGCAAACCAGGAUCUUCUUCAGCGCUCCAACUGGGCCGUAGUCAACUGCAGCACUCCCGCAAACUACUUCCACGUGCUGCGCCGACAAAUUCAUCGCGAGUACCGCAAGCCGCUGAUAAUCGCGACUCCCAAGAGUCUUCUUCGUCACCCGCUCUGCAAAAGUAACCUGAGUGAUUUUGACAGUGAGAACCAAAGUAGCUUCCAACCGGUCAUUGGAGAAAUCAGUCCAGAUUUGUUGCCCGAUGAACAGAUUCGCCGCCUCAUUUUCUGCACCGGUAAAGUUUUCUGGGAUCUCUAUCAAGAGCGCCAUAAUAAAGGCAUUAAGGACAUCGCUAUCGUCCGUAUCGAACAGCUCGCUCCGUUUCCCUUUCGAAAUGUCGUUUCCCAGAUUCAGAAGUACCCUAAUGCAAGCAUCGUCUGGGCUCAAGAAGAGCACAAAAAUAUGGGCGCCUGGAACUACAUCUAUUUUUACUUUUUGACUUGUAUCCGAGAGGCCCGAAACACGAACGAGGCCCCUGUGUACGUGGGCCGUGGAACCUCCGCAUCACCCGCAACAGGUUCUCCGCAGCUUCACAAACUGCAAUACGAAAAACUCGUUCGUGAUGCGUUUAACUAAACACAUAUGUAAUACUCGCCC